UUAAUCCCAUUUGAAUUUUCGAUAAUCGAUUUCAUUAAAACCCCAUUCUUAAUCAGUUAGAGAGUGGCAAUGAAAAACCCCGAAGUGGAGUUAAAAAAUAACCGUGAUUUUAAAAACAUUUCGGCAUUAGUCAUGGGGCAUUAUGACGAGAGUGUUUCCAGGUAGACACGAAAAAUUUCACCUGGUGAUAAGGAUGACGGCUAUCGAGGUAUGGCAAACAUCGUCACAUUUUAUCGAAACACCUCAUGGGUGGGAACAAAACGCUGCGUUAUCAUGUAUCUAAUAGGGAAAACUCAGUGAUCCAUCGGACACAGAACUCAUCGGCUGCAUACUUACCCAAGUCCCUCAAAUGCUGGUGGCACGUCGACACGUGUGCACCGGUUGAGACUCACCAGUCUAGGCUAGAUUUUAUUUAUUUUCCCCAUCUUCACUGAAUACUACAACUUUCUUGUAAGACUGUGACGAAUAGUGAAUUAAACUGGAUAUUGAUGAUACAUAAUCAAAUGAUCAUCACGUAAAGAAUUAUCGCCGAGAUUCGACACGUUGUGUUAUCAGUGUUAAUCAUCAGGGUUGGAGGACAAAUAGAAAUACAACGACGGUGUAAUAUUACCGGCGACGGUUUGUCGACGUCUGCAGAAAAACGCAUCGUCCACAAGUAUACGAAGAUACUAUGACUAGAAUAUAUCAUGAAAAUAUUAGGAUUUUCUACUCUUCUCAUCAUCCUGGAUGUAUUGAAAGGCUGUAGCGAGGAAUUAUCACAAUUUAUUUAUUUAUGUAGUUACACAUCUAAGAGUGCAUCCCAAUUAUUACUGGAUACUGUUGGAGACGUGACAAGUGCCUAGUUUAUUUAUCUACAAAGUGAAUUAGACGACGUAGAAAAGGAAUUUUUCAUAAAUUAAACCACUGUGACUGAUCAUAGGGGCGUCAACCAAUUAUCGGACUGAGAUAGCUGAAGAAAACACGGAUAGAAAUGAGUGAUUAUGUUGGUAGCCGGAUGGAUCGCAGCUUUUUCUACUUAAUGGCGAUUUAUGUCAUUCAUGGAUUAUUACUACAUGUUUUUUUACGACCAAUUAAUGUUAAUGGUAUUAAUAUUGAUAAGGGAUUCCUCCGGCCUUCAAUGUCCGAGGAUUGGAUUAAAUUUGUGGACAAUGAGAAUACAAGUUACGUAAAUAUUGGAGCCAAUGACAAUUCUCAAGAGGAAAAAAAUUCUAAUAGCUCAAACGUGUUUAUUAUCAACCAACCCACCAAGCAGUUCCAGAUGAGUUCUAAUAGUGGAAGACUGCAGUUGCUAACACUUCAGAAACCUUCAGCGGCGUCUGUUUUUCCCACAGCAACGUGCGCUUCUAUUAUGGCUGUUGUGAAGACCAUUAGUCCAGCAACGUGGGGCAUAAUAUCUGGUUGCAUAGUUUUUCUAUUAACGUUUACAGAAAAUGAUAAUGUACAGUAGUUUUCCAUGCUAAAUUAAUUAUGUACAGAGAAACCGUGACGCUCUUCCAAUUGAAAAGCUGACCGAGUGCACCAAAUGUGAGAUUAUUGAUAAAAAAAGUUAUUUAUUGAGAA